AUGGAAACUCCACUGAGGGAAAACCCUAAGAAUAAGGAUUAUCUUAUUAUCAUUUCUGUUGACGGCCGUGAACAAAGAGCAAAUUUCCCUAUUAACUCAAUAUCUUGGAUCUUGGUUGAUACAAGAAAUGGGAAAUCGGUGAUACAGAAGGAAGUUGAUUUCGAUAGUAGUGUUAAUUCGUCUUCCAUGUACUGUAUCACUUCCUUUACUAGUACCUUCUUUGAAAUCCAGGAUUCUUACUCACAACACUCUACAGAAAUACUGCAGAAUCCAUGUGUGGUUUUUCCUGACCGUGAGAACGCCUCUUUGCUCAUGAGCUGUUUCAAGAAGUUGGGAAUACGCACUCCCUCUAUUCUUUUUCGUGUCUUUUUGUUUCUGAACGAAUUUAACCUCUGCCAAGACCAAAAUCAGAAUCGUUACCCAGUCGAAUCCGCCACGGAUUCUGCUCUUUUCGUCUGCAACAACCGCAAGCCGGCUUCUUUCGGUCUUUCCCGCUGCAUCGAUGUGAAGGACGCUUUGCUAUCGCUGUUCCAGAAAGGCCAUUGUCUCGCCAGCUCCACGCUUCUCGUGAACAACGAAUCGCCUCUCUCCGCGCCUCGCCAUGUUUCAAUGGACGCCACCGACGCGCUCUUUCGCAUGUACGAGCCUUCUUUCCACUCCAACACGCCGCUCCUUCACCCCAAUUCCUUCUUCGAUUCUCGCACCUAUUCCGGAGACGACUUCUGCAGUUCGCAGUGGUCCUCCGAUUUCUCCGCGUUCCGCAACCCCUCCGUCCUUCCCGCCGUCUCCACCUCCUCCAUCCCCACGCGUCCCUUCGAGUUCUCCGAUCCCCGCGGGGCCGAAGUGUGGAACCAACCGCUGAAUCGAUGGGACUCGCAAGAACAGCGUCGCCGGUCCAAUUCGAUGAGCGUGAUGCACUCUUCGUCUUCUCUCUUCUUCCAGAACACGUACUCGCCCACGCCUCUUUCGUUCGGCUAUCUCACGCCCGCGCAGAACGCGCUUCCUCUUUCCGAGACGGACGCGCUCGACGACUUCUCGCUCGGAGAUGCCGCGCCGUUCGACGCUUCGUUCGCGACAACCGAGCUGCAGCCGGUUGCGGAGCGCACGAAGCUACCGAGCGAGGAACCGAUCCACACGGGAUCGGCUUUGAAUCCGAACAGCGCGGAGUUCAUUCCGGGAGGCAAAAAAACGGGGAAACAGGGAAACCGGGGCGAAGCGGAGCAUGGAAAGGCGGGCGUGAAGCCGCGCGAUCUGUUGGAGCAAACAAUGCUGCAGCAGCGAAUCGUGGAGAAUCGAAUCACGACGUUGAAGCUUCGCGGAUUGCCGUACACCGCGACAAAGGAGGAAAUCGCAGCCUUCUUCGCUCCGCUGGAAGUGCCGCGCGAUGCGAAGGGCGAGUUGACGAUUGUGAUCGGACAGGACAAUAAACAACGACCCAGCGGAGAAGCGUUCGUGACCUUUUCGUCAGUCGAGGACAGCGCGAAAGGACUGGAAUACCACCUAAAGAAUCUGGGGAAGCGGUACAUCGAGAUCUUCCCGCUGUUCAAUAAGGAUUAUUACCGAAGAUAUAUGAUCUAUUGUUCCAUUUGCAACAAGUACGGACACACGAAGGAGUCGUGCGUGCUCCGCACACACUCGUAG